AUUUAAAUGGUUGGUGUGUAACUUUACCCUUAGCUACACUGUGUUGAUGAGACUAGCAUUUAUGUAUUACUGUUCUUGUGUUGUUCUAAUUGCUUCUAUUGUAUACCUCAUUUGUAAAUCUUUCUUUUGCAACCGCAGUCACCAACUAAAGCUGUUGAAGGGGAGUUUUAUCAUCCCACUUGAAAUGCUUUUCUGUUUUUAGGACCUUCUUGUGCCUAAUGCAGGUUUUGUGGUUCAGGGUCACAUAUUGUGCCUUCUCAGUAAUUUUCCUGUGAGCUUUCAUCAUUUCCUUAAGAGCAAACAUUUUUGGCAUAAAAAGAAAACCACCACAACCAAGACUUCCUGUUUAAGAUGACUUUCUAAACAGAAUAAAUAAGCUUGAAGCAUUUGCACAUCCGUGUCUGUGUGUUUGAUGCUCCUGGUAUCUCGUAGCUCUGGUCCAAGGGUCUAUACUGCACAUGCUUUGAUUCAAGAAUUAUCUAACAAAUAGGACUCAAGUUAUCCAUGGAGUUCACAACCGUACAGACAGGGGUCACGGACACAUACUCCAAUCAGACCGCUCGAAAUCACACAUCAGAUGGCUGUUCACUUGAAAGUCCUCUGAUGAAAACAGUGUUUCCCAUUCUCUACAGCAUUCUCUUUAUCCUGGGCCUGUCUCUAAAUGGCCUGGCAGCAUGGGUCUUCCUCAGGAUCCCCAGCAAAUCUUACUUUAUCAUCUACUUAAAGAACAUCGUUGUGGCCGAUAUUAUCAUGACUCUCACUUUUCCUUUUAAGAUCCUCAGCGACACGAACGUAGCAUCCAUAGGGACACGUGUCUUCGUCUGUCGCGUUUCAUCCGUGCUGUUCUACCUCACUAUGUAUAUCAGCAUUCUGUUUAUUGGCCUGAUAAGCCUCGAUCGCUGUAGAAAGACCAUGUGGCCUUCUGCCGGCACCAGCAAGAGACGCCUGCGGUACAGAAAGCUCCUCUCAGGCUUCAUAUGGGCCUCGCUCUUGGCUCUUUGCCUACCAAACAUUAUUUUGACUAGUCGUACGAACACUUCGGCUCGCUUUAAGUGCAUUGACUUGAAGACACCGAUGGGACUACUAUGGCAUGAGGUGGUCAUAUUUACUUGCCAGGUGAUCUUCUGGGGAAACCUGAUAGUUGUGAUAAUAUGUUACGUUCUCAUUUCAAAAGAGCUUUACAAGUCUUACGCUCGGACCAGAUCUCAGCAUGCAGUGAGCCAGGGACAGCAGCUGAAAUCCAGUAUACAGGCUAACAUCUUCCUUGUAUUGGCCGUCUUCAUCGUUUGCUUUGUACCUUACCAUUUUGCCCGAGUGCCGUACACCAACAGCCAGACAAGAGGACAGAUGUUUAACUGCCAGGAGAAGUUGUUAUUGUUCCUGUUGAAGGAGAGCACACUGUGGUUUUCCUCUCUCAAUGCUGUGCUGGAUCCACUCAUCUACUUCUUCCUCUGCAAGUCUUUCAGGAAAUCUCUCUUUAACACUCUCAGUAUCUCUCCUGGAUGCUGCAGAGAUCUCAGGACAGACACAGUCAGCACAUGACUGGGUAAUAUACAGACAUGAUAGAGAAACUUCAGAAAAGACAGAACAAUCUCUUAUAAUACAAUAGUGGCAGUGAGGUUAUAAUGCAGCCAUAUAUGAAGAGUUUGGUUCCAAAACGCAAUAAAUACAUUUCGACAAACGUGUUUUCUAUACCCAGAAAGUGACAAGAUGAAAACCACUAUUUUCUGUUACAAACUUUCACAUAGCAUCUUUAGGUUAUAAAAACAUAAAAAUUUCAAAUCCAUAACUUGAUUUUCAAAGAUUUAUUAUAAAAACAAAUUCUUUUUUCCACAAAAUGUUUGCCAUUUUAUAUUCAUUAAGUUGAACAGUUGUACACACUGAUUAAAAAAAAACAUUAAUGGCAUUAACCAAAACACGUACUUUGUCAUAUUAAGAACACUGUCAUUGCUGCAGUUAUACUUGACGUCGUCGCUUAACAUUUUUCACAGCAAUCAUUUGAAAAAUGUUUUGGUCCUGCUCUAUUUUCGUUGACUUAAAUAAUGUAAAGUUUUUCAUAAGAUCCCCUGGGGUCAAUGUGUUAGCAUGACAGAAGCUUGAUGCUGUCGGGAGAACAUGCAACCAUCUCUCGAGUGCCUUUCGCGUAAAUUAUUAGAUGUUGAUGGCUUACAUUUCUUUCCCGUCACAGAAAACCACCACACGUUUAUCAAUGACUGCGUUUACAUGCAGCCAAUAACCCGUUCAAAUCCGGAAUAUUAGCAAUAACCCGGUCGCGCACGUCCAUGUAAACACCGGCAAAAGCCCAAAAUUUUGGUCAUGUAAACGCGCAUCGGGAUAUUCCCAUCAAAAGGAACAUUGAUUUGUGUUCUGCGCAUGUUCUAUUCGCAAGGAAUCUUGGUCUUUUGAGUAGAGGAACUUCUUGUAUACACUUUUAGAGCGAGGAGGAAACCAAUUGCAACAACCGCGCUUUGCACGUUAAAUUAAUAUAUUGCUAUGCCCUUCUUGUUUUUCACAUCAUACAUGUAUAAUAAAGUUCAAAUAGAUUGUCAAUAGUUAUGAG